CGGGGUGACUCCAGCCGGGGUCCAGCGCAGGGUGGGGAAGCCCAAACUCACAGCCGAGGGGAAUCCCAACCUCUCCGCUUCGCCCCAGCCCAGGCUGCACCUCGCGACGAGUGGGGCGCGGGGGCGCUCUGCCUACCCCCAGACCCACGCGUGCGCCUCCUGGGACACGAGGAGACACCAGCGAACCGCGCAGCUCUCCUCUGGAGGGGUGACAGCCGUGCGCCCCGCCCUAGGCAUCCGGAGGAGCCCGAGAACUCCCAGCAUCCAGUCCCCGCGGAGCCAGCAGAGCGCGCGCUCCGGAAUCCCGGAAACCCUACGUUCCAGACCCGGUGGUCUUGGCCGCCAGGUCCCAGCGGCUAUUUGGACCUUCGCGGGGGUGCCCAGUCGGGGGCGUCGGGGGCGCGGCUGACCUGUCCUCCAAGUUGCAGCCAGCCAGAGUGGGAGAAGCCAGCACCCCCUGAUCCGCCGCCUCUGGCUCCUGCUGAGCGUGGCUCGGGGUGCAGAGAGCGCGGGGGAUUUGGGGGACCAGGACCCAGGAGCAGGAGACUGCAGCCAACCGGGAUCGCCGGGAGUUCUAGAAUUGGGCGAAUACAAGGACAGAAGUGCAAGGAAAGUCCACCUGGGCUGGAAGCACUGUCCUGGAGCUUGCUCUCAAAAUGUGGCUAUGAGUUUCCUGCACAGACACUCCAGAAACACCUUGGCCAAAGGAUAUGAGAUGAAUAGACUCUCACAUCCCAGAGGAGAGGCUCAUCAGGAAGUACCUGUGCGGCACAACUGCUGUAUGGCAGUGGACAAGGAGACUGCUCAAAGACCUCAUGCAAGUGGAACUCACAGCUUCCUUGAUCUGGCUCAGCAUUCAGAUAUCAAAGCCAACUGCAGUACCUGCGUGGAAAUAGAGGACAGAAAGUUCCUGCAGCAACAGAUGAAUUGUGACCGGGAGCAGCUAAGGGGCAACCAGGACGCCGCUGCCGCCCCGGACACGAUGGCUCAGCCUUACGCUUCGGCCCAGUUCGCCCCUCCUCAGAACGGCAUCCCCGCGGAGUACACGGCCCCGCACCCGCACCCGGUCCCCGAGCACACGCUCAACGUGUACCCGCCCGCGCAGGCGCACUCGGAGCCCGGCGCGGACAGCGGCGCGCAGACCGUCUCCGGCACAGCCACACAGACAGACGAUGCAGCACCGACAGAUGGCCAGCCCCAGACACAGCCUUCUGAAAACACGGAAAACAAGUCCCAGCCUAAGAGGCUGCAUGUCUCCAAUAUCCCCUUCCGGUUCCGGGAUCCGGACCUCCGACAAAUGUUUGGUCAAUUUGGUAAAAUCUUAGAUGUUGAAAUUAUUUUUAAUGAGCGGGGCUCAAAGGGAUUUGGUUUCGUAACUUUCGAAAAUAGUGCCGAUGCGGACAGGGCGAGGGAGAAAUUACACGGCACGGUGGUAGAGGGCCGUAAAAUCGAGGUAAAUAAUGCCACGGCUCGUGUAAUGACAAAUAAAAAGACUGUCAACCCCUACACAAAUGGCUGGAAAUUAAACCCAGUUGUGGGUGCAGUCUACAGCCCUGAAUUCUAUGCAGGCACGGUGCUGUUGUGCCAGGCCAACCAGGAGGGAUCUUCCAUGUACAGUGGCCCCAGUUCACUUGUAUAUACUUCCGCAAUGCCUGGCUUCCCAUACCCCGCCGCCACCGCUGCGGCUGCCUACCGAGGGGCGCACCUGCGAGGCCGUGGCCGUACUGUGUACAACACCUUCAGGGCAGCGGCGCCCCCACCCCCGAUCCCAGCCUACGGCGGAGUAGUGUAUCAAGAGCCUGUGUAUGGCAAUAAAUUACUGCAGGGUGGUUAUGCUGCAUACCGCUAUGCCCAGCCUACCCCUGCCACUGCCGCUGCGUACAGUGACAGAAAUCAGUUCGUCUUCGUUGCAACAGAUGAAAUUUCUUGUAACAGCUCUGCAGUUACGGACGAGUUUAUGCUGCCGACCCCUACCACCACACACUUGCUCCAGCCCCCACCUACAGCGUUGGUGCCAUGAAUGCUUUUGCACCCUUGACUGAUGCCAAGACUAGGAGCCACGCUGAUGAUGUGGGUCUCGUUCUUUCUUCAUUGCAGGCUAGUAUAUACCGAGGGGGAUACAACCGUUUUGCUCCAUACUAAGUGACAAAAACCAUUCAAACACCUUCCAAUGUGGGGAGAAAGGAAGCUUUCUGAGGCCUGAGUAUUGUGUAUGCGCAGUACUCCAUCAUUUUAGCAACUCAAAAAAAAAAAUACUAAAAAUAAAAAGAGGAAAAAAAUUACAUUUUUUAUCUUAUACCUCAGAUAUUUUGUUCUGUGUAUUUUAAUAUUGUGGGUCUUUAAUUUCUGAAGGUUUCCGUAGUUCAGUUGCUGGCUGUAGGAGUUUUUGUGGUUGGUCUAGAGAGAAGCUAGAUAUGAAUUAAAAAGAAAAAAAAAAAAGAAAAAACUGGUUUAGGGCCAUAUCCAGAGUGCUAUAUUGUGUAAAUGAAUUAUAUA